UAGGCAGUGAAAUCGCUGCUGCUGUCUGAAAGAGAUGAGAGGAGCUGGAGGCGCUGUGAAGCAGCCCUUCUCUCCCCGCUUGCCUUCCUCAAGUGUUGGGGGAGCCUGAGAGCUUUUACCGACCUGGAUUUGUGACUCUGCGACAAGAAAGGGAAAGCUAUUCUAUAAAGCGGUAUACCGAACAGCUGCAUUCGGCACGUCGUACAGUACGCACAUGUGGGGAGGACAAAAGAUAAACAAACUCCUUCAACAAUAACAGUGGGAAAAUCAACAACUUUUUGGUUUCACAAUACUGAAGUGCCGAGAUGAAGUCUGCUGGGGUCGGAAAUGGUGGCAUCUUUACAAACAGUUACUGCAACAUCUGCAAUGCACAGUUGAUCUCCGAGUCCCAGAGGGUCGCACACUACGAGAGUAAGAAACAUGCCAACAAGGUUCGACUCUUCUACAUGCUGCACCCAGAGGAUGGAGGACCUCCCUCCAAGAAACUGCGCCCUGACAACCCGGAAAGUGAUGCGAGUGAAGUGGACAGGAACAAGUGCUGCACGCUCUGCAACAUGUUCUUCACGUCAGCUAUUGUGGCCCAGUCCCAUUACCAGGGCAAGACCCAUGCCAAGAGAGUGCGGCUGGUCCUGGGGGAGCCUCCAAGCAUGCCCACCACUGUCAGCAGUCCAGACUCCACCGCCAUCGCAUCACAGCCUGCUGACCAGCCCCCACUCCCUGAGUGGCCCCCAGCCAAUGAUAGCAAGGCAGGGAAGUUCUGCUGCCUGUGUGGCGCCUGGUUCAACAACCCGCUGAUGGCACAACAACACUACGAGGGCAAGAAACACAAGAGGAACGCAGUUCGGGCACGACUCCUGGAACAGCUAACAGGCAGCCUGGGAGCAACAGAAACCACAGCGCUGAGAAGCAGAUACUCGUGUGCCGUGUGCAACGUGGUCCUGAACUCCAUCGAACAGUACCACGCACACCUUCAGGGAUCCAAACACCAGAACAACUUGAAGCAGCAGCAUUGAGAUCCUGCAGCCCCUAUCUGUGGGACCAAGAGUCUUGGAGGGGAGAAGACAGCAUCUCUAUUUGUAAACGCUCCGGGAAGAAGGAUUCCUGUGCUCUUAGAAGAACAACCAGUGCCACGUGUGGGCAGCCAUUUCUACUGAAACACUAUCUCCUGGCUGAGCUUGGUGUGUGAUGGUACAUACUACUACGCUAUCACAGUCUGCACCAAGCCUUACCCUGUCUGACUUUUCCUCUGAUAUGAAAUUCUUGAUUCUGCUGGUUGUUGGAGACUGAGAUUUUUCAACAACAAAAAAUCAUUAUAGCAGUCACCACAGCGUCAGUGGUCUGGGGUUUUUGUACAGGACUACAUUCAAAAAGUCAUCGAAACAGACAAGGCUACUGACCAUUAACUGCAUUCACAAAGUCUGACCUAGUUUAGCAUUAUACAGAGUAUGACUUCAGUUCAAUAAUGUAAUCUAGGUCAUUUCAAAAUAUGUGUGUCUGGCCCUGUUCAGUUUUAGUAGCAGAUUCAGGAAUGUAUUCUAGGGCAUUCAUUUGCCAAAGUCUUUUAACUAAUAUUUCACAGAUGUUUAUAUGUGUGUGUGUGUGUGUGUGUGUGUGUGUGUGUGUGUGUGUGUGUGUGUGUGUGCUUUAAACAGUUGAAAAACAGGUUGUUUGGAACUGAAAGUUUGAAAUAAAUCAGAUUUAUAAUGUCUGCAAAGGUCUGGGUUGAAGGCAACUGGGGCACAUCCUAUAUAUUCUGCUAGAUGAAGAUCAUUUGUAAUCCCCUGCUUCAAAAGAUCAAAUUAAUGAGCUCAGAUUCUUUUGGGUGCAGGAUAGAAAAAGGUAUUUCUUUCUGUAAAAGGAUUCCAUCACUGUUAGUCUGUCUAUUUAUUUAUUUAUUUAUUUAUUUGUUUGUUUAUUCAUUUAUUUAUGUAUUUGUUUGUUUGCUAAUUUAGUACAUACACCAUAUGUAAAUUACUGUUUUCAGAGAUACACUGGCCUAAUUUUAAAAAAGAAAACUCCAUGAAAAUUCCACAGAAAUAUUCAGACAGGUAAACAAUCAGGUUUUGAGAUUUUGAAAAUAGUCAUGCUGUGUCAGUUUAGCUAGCUUUGGACUGAUUUCCCUGGUUAGGAGCUGGCUGUGUAUGUGAUGAAACAGGUUGUCUCCCAAACAUUUCUCUUUCUGUAAUGCUGGGUACUGGAUUAUUCAGUGUGAAGAGGAGCCAGUGAUUCUCUGCCUAGCCACAGAGAGAUGUGACCUUGCAAGCAGCAGACGCUCUGUGGGCGGGUGUGAGCAGCGAGGGUGUUUACAGGAUGAGACAGUGCUUAUUAGUGUGUUUAUCCCAGAUUGAAACAAUAAUGUGAGCAGCUGGAAUCUGCUUUUUUUUCUGUAAAACGUAUUUGUCUUAAAUAAAUGUAUGUUUCAGGACAGUUAAUGACUCUCCAGUCAAUCCUGCAUCCUGCUUCAUCUCCUUGCACCCUAGCAUGGAGUGUGUGGGUGCUUCUUUGUUUAUGGUAAAAUUAAACUAGCUCCAUAUUUUCUUCUUUUUUCAAGAAGCAACUAAAUGUUUUAAUCAAGUUGAUUGUGUAUUUGAGUGGGACACUGGCAUGUCACUUUGACUUUAUAGCUUUACUUCAGUGUGUGUGUAUGUAGAAGUCUCACCACGCUGCAGGAUAGAGGUGUAACUAUACACUAUAUAAACCAUAUCACUCUACACACCUCUGAUACCUAUCAUGAUACAUGUGGCAGAACUGAACUUUGUAGGACGGGUAAUGAGAUAAAACAAUUCACUGAAAACUGAGCUGCCACCUCACCCUCUCCUCAUUACAGAAAACACAGAGAUUAAAUUAAAGACUAGUUGUUUAAAUAGUGUCAUGUGAUGCUCUGGAAAUAUUUAACCUUGCACUAGAUCAGAAAAACAUGGAAAACCGAGAGCGAUAAAGAUGGGGAGUUUCACAUUGUCACCAGUUACAGGACUGUUUCAGAAAGGCAUGAUUGUCCAAACAAGGCUCAAUAAAAGGUACUUUGCUACCUGCCAAUGAAAAGCACUGCCUGUAUAUUAGCUUGACUAGCUUAUGGAACAGUUGGGGUCUUCUUAUCUUAACAGGGUUAUGACUCCAAUACAAGAAUUUUACCAGUCUUCAUAAGACCUUAUCUACUGGACAGUAAAUGAAUUGAUCCACGUGAGUAGACAUUUGUCCAGGAAACAGAAACACUUGCUGGAAUGCAUUUUUAUAUUACAUCUUAGUUUCCAGGGUAACCAGAUCAGCCCUAAUAAGAGAUGAAGUCUUUCGUCCUGCCAGGAGAACUUAAGGUCAGCUGAGGCAUCUGAGAUUUAUUGUUAUAAACCAAAGGAAUGGACCACAUAAUGAUGUGGUAUUAUUUUCUAGUUAGACUGAAAUGUUAUUGUGGAAUAAACAAGUUGGUAUAUUUUACAUGUAAAGAAGUCCCAGUGCAUUCCUGAUAGUUUAUUGGCGUUCUUAUGUCUAGACAUUAUGUGCCUGCAGUAAAA